UCUGUCUCACUUGAGAGGAGUCAGGAACAGAUCAAGCAGUGCACCCUGAGCGAGAAGGGCAGGCACUCUGCCCCUGGGCUCAUCCAGCAUGCUGCAGGGGCUUCUUCUGACGGUCACGGUCACGUUCCUCCUUUCUCCAGUUCCAGUAAACACGAUAAAAGAACUCUCUGGAGUGAAGAACUAUGAAGUGGUUUAUCCCAGAAGACUUCAUUCACUACAUAAAAGAGAGGUCAAGGAGCCAGAACAACAGGAAAAAUUUGAAACUGAAUUGAAGUACGAAAUGACAGUUAAUGGGAAAAUUGCAGUGCUUUACUUGAAAAAAAGCAAGGGUCUCCUUGCACCAGGUUACACGGAAACACAUUAUAAUUCCACUGGAGGGGAGGUCACCACCAGCCCACAGAUCAUGGAUGACUGUUAUUACCAAGGACAUGUCAUUAAUGAAAAAGUUUCUGAUGCUAGCAUGAGCACAUGUAGGGGCCUAAGGGGCUACUUCAGUCAGGGAGAUCAAAGGUACUUCAUUGAACCUUUAAGCCCCACAAAUCAGGAUGCACAGGAGCAUGCACUCUUCAAGUAUGAUCCCGAGGAAAAGAAGGCUAACAGCACCUGCGGGACGGAUGACAUAUUGUGGGUACAUGGAUCUCGGCAGAAUGUGUUUCCACCCGCCACCAGUCUGGUGAAAUCAAAAGACCAGAAGGGUCGGGAACGUAAGAAAUACAUAGAGUUUUAUUUGGUCCUGGAUAAUGGUGAGUUUAAAAAGCACAAUCAAGAUCCAGAGGAAAUAAGAAAGAGGGUGUUUGAAAUGGCCAAUUAUGUCAAUAUGCUUUAUAAAAAGCUAAAUACUCAUGUGGCCUUAGUCGGUAUGGAAAUCUGGAAUGACAAGGAUAAAAUAAAGAUAACCCCAAAUGCAAGCUUCACUUUGGAAAACUUUUCUAAAUGGAGGGGAAGUGUCCUCCCAAGAAGAAAACGUCAUGAUAUCGCUCAGUUAAUCACAGCAACAGAACUUUCUGGAACAACCGUGGGCCUUGCCUUCAUGUCUACAAUGUGCUCUCCUUAUCAUUCUGUUGGCAUUGUUCAGGACCACAGUGAAAAUGUGCUUAGAGUAGCAGGAACGAUGGCCCAUGAAAUGGGCCAUAACUUUGGAAUGUUUCAUGACUCCUAUGUUUGCAAGUGCCCUUCUACAAUAUGUGUGAUGGACAGAGCACUAAGCUUCUAUAUUCCUACAGACUUCAGUUCCUGCAGCCGUGUCAGCUAUGAUAAGUUCUUUGAAGAUAAAUUAUCAAAUUGCGUCCUCAAUGUUCCAUUGCCUACAGAUAUCAUAUCCACCCCAAUCUGUGGGAACCAGUUGGUAGAAAUGGGAGAAGACUGUGAUUGUGGGACUCCCGAGGAAUGUACCAACAUUUGCUGUGAUGCUAAAACUUGUAAAAUCAAAGCAAGUUUUCAAUGUGCAUCAGGAGAAUGCUGUGAAAAGUGCCAGCUUAAAAAGCCUGGUGCAGUGUGCAGACCAGCAAAAGAUGAGUGUGACCUGUCAGAAAUGUGUGAUGGCAAAUCUGGUAUUUGCCCUGAUGAUAGAUACCGAAUCAACGGCUUCCCUUGUCAAAAUGGGAAGGGCUACUGUUUGAUGGGGAUGUGCCCCACUCUUCAGGAGCAGUGCACCGAGCUGUGGGGACCAGGGACCAGCGUUGCAGAUAAAUCGUGUUACAGCAGGAAUGAAGGUGGGUCGAGGUAUGGGUACUGUCGCAAAGUGGAUGACACACGCAUUCCCUGCAAAACAAAUGAUGCCCUGUGUGGGAAGUUGUUCUGCCAAGGUGGGUCAGAUAAUUUGCCUUGGAGAGGACAUAUAGUAACUUUCCUGACCUGUAAAAUGUUCGAUCCUGACGACAGCAGUCCAGAAAUAGGCAUGGUAGCUAAUGGAACUAAGUGUGGACACAGGAAGGUUUGCAUUAAUGCAGAAUGUGUGGAUAUCGAAAGAGCCUACAAAUCGACCAACUGCUCCUCUAAGUGCAGAGGGCAUGCCGUGUGUGACCAUGAGCUCCAGUGUCAGUGCAAAGAAGGAUGGGCCCCUCCUGACUGUGAUGACUCCACAGUGGUCUUCCACUUCUCCAUUGUGGUCGGGGUGCUGUUCCCUGUGGCUGUCAUAUUUGUGGUGGUUGCUAUAGUAACCUGGCACCAAAGCCCCAGACGAAAGCAGAAGAAAGUCCAGAGGCCAGCAUCUACCACUGGCACCAGGCCUCGCAAACAGAAGAAGAACCCACAGAUGGUGAAGGCUGUACGACCCCAAGAGAGUCUUCCCAAAAUGCAGAGGCUCCUUGCUGAAGUUCACAAAUGCAAAGAAAUGACUCAGAUGAAGCUCCAUACACCUGAUCUACCAGUAGAGGGCACUGAGCCUCCAGCUUCUUUUCUAAUUACGAAGCCAGAUUUUCCACCGCCCCCAAUACCUACAACCGUGUCCACUUCCUCUUUCCUUUAUGCCACAAAAGUGCUUCCCUCUACUGUUUUUAAGGAUAAAACAACGUCAACACCUAAGGGUUCCAACCCAAAGGUCUGAAGCAGCAACUAAGCAGGUGGUGGGUAAUAAUCAACUUAGAAGACUGGACAGUCUGGACGGAAGAGAAAUGUACUUACUUUCCCCUUAUUAUUUGCUCUUGAUACCCAAGGAUGUUAACAUUUCUUUCUUUCUUUCUUUCUCUCUUUCUUUCUUUCACUCUUUCUUUUCUUUCUUUCUUUCUUUCUUUCU